GCAGGACUUCCUGUUAUUGAACGGUCUCACUACGCACGGAUAAGAGAAACUGAGUGCGACAUGUUCUAAAUCUCUUAGAUACUGAUUAAAUUAAUUAUUUUCUACCCGUCCUGUAGUAAGUCUCCUGUGGUCAGAGGGUAUGCCUCUGUCGGAUCGGUCAAGUUCUGACGGCGGCGGGGAGUCUCGCAGUCCUCGGGCCCGUAGACCUCGGACCCGCUCCCGCAGCCGCCACCGCAGCGACAGCCGCGACCGGAGCCUAUCUCCGGACAGCUUUGGGCCCAAACUCCCGAAGCCGCGCAACCGGGAAAGGGAACGCGAGGAACGGGAGCGUCGAUUUAGAGAGGCGAGAAACAUCAGAAGGUUCCGCAUAGGAAGCCCCCGUCGUAGCGGCUCCAGGUCCAGGUCCAGAUCCAGGUCCAGGUCCAGGUCCCGGUCCCGGUCCCGGUCCCGGUCCAAGGAGCGCCACAAUAACAACACCAGCAGCAACAGCCACAACCACAGCAACCACUGGUCCGAGCCUCCGGGAAAACACGGCGGCCUCAAAGAUGAUUAUUACUACGAACAGCAGAGGGACGACGCUCAGAGACAGAGACAGGAGGCCUUCAUCGCAAGGCGUCUGCAGGAGCGGGAGAGGAUCGGUGAGCUGGGUUGUCCUGAAGUUUGGGGAUAUUCGCCCAGAGUGAAAGAGCCGGACUCAGAUGAGUUCACACCAGUUGAAGAAGAUGAGAAAAACACCAGUUCAGAAUCAAGCUCAGAAGAAGAGAAGAAGAAGAAAAAGAAGAAGAAAAAGAAGUCCAAGAAAAGAAAGAACAAAAAGCACUCAGAGGACAGCGAGCUGGAAUCAGAUUCAGAUGAAGAAGAAAUAAAGAAGAAGAAAAAGAAAAAGAAGAGCAAAAAGUCUAAGAAGUCCAAGAAGAAGAAGGCAAAGAAAAGCCGGAAGGAGUCCAGCAGCGCCUCCAGCAGCGAGGUGUCAGAGGAGGAAGAGGAGGAGGAGGAGGAUCCUAAUGGGGUGAUGUGGGUGGAGAAGACCUGCAUGGAUGAACAUGUGGUCGGCCCUGAGGCUCCGCUCACUCACAUGUCUCAGAAUGAUCGACCUUUGGAUUUUGGUCAUGCCCUGUUGCCAGGUGAGGGUGCUGCCAUGGCGGAGUACGUGAAAGCGGGCAAACGUAUCCCAAGAAGAGGAGAGAUCGGUCUCACCAGCGAGGAGAUCGCAAACUUUGAGAAGUCUGGUUACGUCAUGAGUGGCAGCAGACAUCGUCGUAUGGAGGCUGUGCGUCUGAGAAAGGAAAACCAGAUUUACAGCGCAGACGAAAAGCGAGCGCUGGCGUCUUUCAACCAGGAGGAGAGGAGAAAGAGGGAGAGCAAGAUCCUGUCGAGCUUCAGGGAGAUGGUGUACAGGAAAACCAAAGGCAAGGAGGAGAAGUGAAUGGCCAGCCGAUCUACUGUUAUUGGAAACCUUUAUUCUUUGUCUGGUGGCAUGGGGUGUAAAAAAAUUUUCUCCUCAGUUUCAAUGGAGUGUAUAGUGCAACAUUAUUUUAAAAAAAUGCACCUCAAUAGUAGUUUAGUUGUAUUUUCCUUUCCUUUUCCUCAGUCUCGUGUUCAUUUCCUCUUGUAAUCUUCUUCAAAUGCACCUAACCAGAAUGUUAAAUAAAUUUUUGCUAUUAAAUAAA